UUCGAUUUAUUUUCGGAUUUAUAGGUAAUUGGAGCUUUUUCUGGAGGCAUAUUGAUCUAGUUCGCGCAAUGCUCGGAAUGGUUGAAAUUGAACUGAUUUCUUCUUGUUUGAAAGUAUAUGAAUUUUUGGUGCAUUUUGUUCUUUUCGUUCAUUCGAUACCUGAUUAAGUUGGCAUCGGUAUUCUUAUUGAAAAAGGGGAAGGUGGGAAAUUGUUUUUGCUCAGUAUUAAAUCAGAAAGUGAAAGCUUAAGUUUGUGUGAUGGAAGCAUGAAAAAUUGAUUUUCUCACAAGUCUUGAAUUUGUAAUGCUGUACAAGUAUGUAAUGCAAAGGCUGUGCCUGGAGCGAUGAGAGGAAAAGAAAAAAGACCAGGAAAACAGAAAUUUUCAGUUGUUUGAGGGUAUGGCCGGUAACAAACUAGAGGACGUGCCUGAAAAUUUUGAGCUAACCCAGCAAGUAACUGAACCUUCUGAGUCAUUGGAACCUGAAAUGACAAAGCAAAGUGGGAAGUAUAAUCUUCGCAAAAGUUUAGCUUGGGAUAGUGCGUUUUUCACCAGUGCAGGUGUUCUGGAUCCCGAGGAGCUGUCUUGCAUGAUUGAAGGAGAUAAGACUGGGAAAAAGAUGUUACCUGGAAUUCAAGAGGAAGUUCACAGAUCCUCUGAUUCAAUCUCCACAUUAGAAAGUGAUACUUUGACACUAGAAAGUAUUGAGGCUAAUUUGUUUGAAGAUGUGAGAGCUUCAAUCCAGAAAUCAAGUAAAGCAUCCAAAGCAGUGAAUGAAAGUAUGAAAGAUGGUUUGGGAGUAACAGAAACCAACAAUAGCAGUUCUUCGAAGGGUGUAGAUGUUGUUUCUCAAAACAAGGUGAUGCCUAGACUUGCUUCUAAGAAGCCAACUGUUAGUGUGCAAAAAGCAGGGAAAGUGAAAAAGCCAUCUACAUGUCCAGUAGUAUCACAGUCUGCUUCUGUACAUCGAGACGCAACCUCCCUUCUGAAGCAAACAAAGCUAUUAGGGAAGCCUAGUCCUAGCCCAACACCUUUAACCAAGAGGGCUUCUCUGGGUAGCAAUCUUAUCCAAAUGGAAAAGGAUAACGUUAAAAGCACAACUGGUAGAGGGGCUCCAUUGCCAAAAAUACCCUCAAGUUCACGAGUUCUACCUAGGCCUGGACCAUCUUCCUCCUUGGAUGCUUCACCUGGAACUAAGAGAGAAGCAGCUUCUUCCUCAAUUGAUAAUUCUGGCAGCACUUCUAACAACAUUGGUCCCUUCAACUCCAAAAGAAAAACUGAUUCCAAUCCACCUUCCUCUGGUUCUACCUGCAAAACACCACCACGAAUUAAGCCAGGAAAUAAAAGUCAAUCUGGAAAAUCUCAUCUGUCAACUAACAAGGUGCCUGGGACAAAGCUGCUUACUAUUACAUCCCCUGCUCGCUCAUGGUCCUCAGAGUCGUCAUCAUCAUCAUCAUCAAUUUCAACUUUAAACAAAACGUCAUACAGUCCAAGAGCUAGCCUUGACACAAGAUCUUCCAAAAGCGGUUCUGUAGAAGGUGAUGCACCAGAGACUAUGGAUUUGGAGAACCAUGCCUAUGAUCAAAGCUCAACUGGAGAUGAAACUCAGGUGACUGGGGUGCUUCGUCGUUGUGAUGUGAAAGCUUCAACUGAAAAUAGUGCACUUCCUCCAGCUUCAAAACCUUCCGGACUACGAUUGCCAUCACCCAAAAUUGGCUUCUUUGAUGGGGCAAAGUCAGUGGUGUCCUCCCCGAAGGGAAGUAUGCAGCCUCAUCCUGUCAUACGUAGUGGCUUGCCUAAAAGUGGGGCACGAAAUGUUAGCCUGAGUGCGGGACAAAACAAGGGAAAAGUGGGAAAGCUUCAAGCUGUUAGAAAUGUAUCUAAAUUGGGGAAUAAGACCCCUGAUGCUCAAAAAACCUCCUUUAACACGAAACCUAAUUCUCUAGUACCACUCCAGCAAGCAUCCAGUGCUGCAAAGAAGGUCCUUAGUCCUUCAAGGAACAGCGUUUCUCCUACAGUUCCAAGUAAAGGGCUUCAUAAAUCUGGCAGAGAAAAUCGCUUGAAGGGUGAGAAAGUUGAAACUGAAGGACAUGGUAUUGACAUUAAUGAGCGAGAAAACUGUGUUGUAGAGUUGAAGGACAGCUCUGCUUUCUCGAAAGAUAAAGUGAGCCCACAAUCGAAGGUUCAUUCCCAUGGGAAGGCUGCGAAAGUCACUCCUAUUGAUGGCGGGUCCCCUACUAUCUUUGAUACAAGUUCCACUUUUGAUGCUGACAAUAUAACCCUUUCUGAUAAAAUGGGUGAUGCAACAUACGAACCAAGUGAUUUCAAGUAGACGGAAAGAUCCCAUCUCGAAGAUCAGGUUGGUGACUUGAGCAAACAAGUAGAUGCCAUGAACAUAAAAACAGAGACUCAGUAAAUGCUGGUUGGUGAUUCUCUCUUGUCAACUCAAUUUCAUUAGUGAAGAUAAUGCUGGUGCUGCUAGAACUGUGAUUCAGAUGAUGUUUAUUGAUUGUGCCAAAAUGGAGUAAGUCCUUAAAUUAAGGCCGGAAAAAGCAUGUGGGUUUGUUGAUGAUUCAAGAGGAUCAACUGUGCUGAAGGGAGAACGAGCCGAAAUUAGGGCAGUAGCGUAGAAGCUGGUCAUGUUACAUAGGAUUGUUGUGUAGGACUUUGCAUUGUAAAUUGUUUCUUUGGUGCAUAUAUCAAGAAGAAGAACGCACUUCAGUUGCCAAUUAAAUGGUUUUUCGUGUACUCUUAUUCGAUAUUAUUAAGUCAUAUAUUUAUAGUGUGUUUGUUUU